AUGAAAGCACUAUACCGUCUGCUUUGGGUCUACAUGAUAAGAAUCAAGUGUGAGAGCAACUCGGCCACACAUUCCCGUCUGCAGAGCAUUGUCAACUCUUUGUUCCCGAAGGGUUCCAAAGGUGUGGUACCUCGGGACACUCCUUUGAAUAUAUUCGUCAAGAUCAUUCAGUUCAUAGCCCAGGAACGAUUAGAUUUCGCUAUGAGAGAAAUAGUAUUCGAUCUACUUAUGGUGGGAAGACCGAUCAAGAUAAUUAUGACACCUGAAAGAAUGUCAAUCGGUCUUCGAGCGUUUUUGGUCGUCGCUGAUAGCCUUCAACAGAAAGAAGGUGAACCACCAAUGCCACGGACCUCGGGCACUUUACCAUCUGGUAACACUUUGAGAGUUAAAAAGACUUUUUUGAAUAAAAUGUUGACCGAUGAAACGGCAAGGUCUAUUGGUAUGAGUGCUUACUUUCCGUACGUCCGACGUGUGUUGGUGGAGAUAUUGAGAGCAUUGGAUGCCCACUACGGCAGGCCAUUGAUGUUGACAAAUACACAGAAUGUUACCAAAGAACAAGAGAUAAAUACGGGCGAGAGGAAGCCUAGGAUUGAUUUGUUCAGGACUUGUGUUGCUGCAAUCCCACGGCUUAUCCCCGAGGGUAUGAGUUCUAGUGAGCUGGUAGACUUGCUGUGCCGACUGACGGUGCACAUGGACGAGGAACUCCGGGGUCUGUCCUUUCAGAGCCUCCAGACCCUGAUCGUUGACUUUCCGGAGUGGAGGCAGGAUGUGCUCGCUGGCUUCACGCAGUUCCUCGCCAAGGAUGUACAGGAUACUACACCUCAGUUGGUUGAGAAUGGUCUACGUAUGCUGCUCCAGUUGAUAACAAGCUGGAAGAACGGAGAGCCUGUGGUGACCGUGCCCGCGACACCUAUAAAGCACGAGCCACUGGUGUCUGUGCUCAGAGGUGCGGAGGCUCUAGGUCUGGUCAUGCUGUGUCAAUGCAAGUCAUAUCCUAGGAGAUUGGCUGUACAUAUACUGAGGGAAAUAAAGUAUUUACUCGAUAAGCUACAACUAACACGUGAAGAGCCAGCUUUAAUCGACGCUGCGGACGCGCAUGUGCCGUACUUUGCUGAAAAAUGUCUACCGCUGCUGCCUCCUGCUGAGAAGCAAGCGAUACUAGCCGCGGGUCAGCCGGACCUCGUGUGGAUAGCGGAGCGUAGCCACGCCGUAUGGACUGCCGGUAUACAACAUGAUGAUACAUCAACUAAGAACAGCUGGAGUUCCAGUUCUACUAACGGAGCUGAUCCCUGGGAGGUAAUUCUGUAUGGCCUAUUGGAGCGAAGUCGUGUCCCUUCUCGUUGUCCGGCCACCGUACUUCAGGCUUGGCCAAUACUGCACGCUAGAAUACAUGCACUCUACACCAUUAUAGAACCAGCACCAGUCAGUGAUAAUCGCGCAUCGUUGCUCUCACGCAGUCCCGCUUUACCCAGAAAACCUGAGAAAGAAAGGGAUGGAUAUAUGCAGGUGUGGAAGUAUUACAUGACAAUGGCAUACCUAGUUGUCCCGGCCGUGCCCAGUCCUGUCAUACGAUGUGCUAGUCCAGAUUUGAGUCUCAGUUCGUCGCCGGACUCGCUGAGCGAGCGCAGUGGGGGAGAGGCGCGUGGCGCGCACGCCGCACCUGCUUCGCUCCACAAGCUAGCCGCGCCGCUGGUGCGUUGCGAGGUGCCAGAAGUACGCGACGCCGCCGUUUCAGCCUGCGGACAUAUCAAUCCAGAUGCACUUAAGGAUUUGUUCGAGGAGCUCUUGCCCAUUUUGCGAGAAGCUGUUGAUCGCAAACAAGAGAAUAUGCGGCGACGACGUCGCCGAGACGCGCUUCGCUUGCACCUUAACAAAAUGUUACUCAUUAUUGCGAGGCGGAAUACGUUUUCCAGCAGUACAUUUGCGUUGGAGAGCGGUGGUCUUCACUCCUCUAUAACUGAGUACCUGGACGGUGUGCGCCAGUGCCUGGAGGCGGAGACGGACAAGGACGCGGCCGCAGCGCGCGAGCAACGACUUACCUUCGCAGACUUUGUCACUGAACUUGUCAAGAGCUUCCCUAUCGAGAUGUACGGUACGCUGAUGAAGAAAGAAUUGUGCCGCGGUCUGUUCUCACUGUUCGCGAGCUGUUGCGGGCCGUUGGCGAAGCACCUCGGCACGCUGGUGACGCAGCCACCGGCGUCCCAGCCCCAGCCGCAGCAGGCUCACGACACAGAUGAUAGGCUCAAUCUAUCCGCACUCACGGCGAUGAGCGCGCUCGUGUGCUGCGGGCCGUGCUUCGCCCCGUCUGCGCUCGCUGAAGAUGGCGCCCUCUAUCCAUGGCUCAGUGAAAUGCUUUCUUCUACUGACGAUAAGAUUUACGAACUGGCUCGCGAGACAAUCGUGUUGCUUCUGGAACGCAACCCCGAUAUUGGACCGCUAUUGGACUGGACGGUAGACAAGUGCUUCACUGGAACACCGCGAGUUGCUGAUGGGUGCUUUAUGGCAUUGGCGACUAUAUUUAGUGCUAGAGAAUACCCUUGCGACCACUACACGGCCAUCAUCAACGUGACGUUAAUGUGCACCGGCAUAGGAAAGAUAUCCCCCUGCCCCCUCUGGGCCGCGACCUCCGUGAACCUCUUCAGGGCGGUCAGGGCGUCUAAGGUCGAUCGCCCCGACCGGAACCCGAAUUGGUUCUCGGAGAUUUGCGGCCCGAUCCUCUCCAGAUGCUGGAGAGGCUGCGGCGGGCUAGGACGCAGCUUGGGCAUCUUUCCUUUCACGGUGGGGGGUACACAUUUGUCGCCCCCCAUCACGUGCGUGUGCGGGCGCCCUGUGGUGGCACACACUGUGCAUUUACAGGGCGCCUCACAGGCGGCCGCUUUGUGCCCCGCUUCGCCGCAACGGAAGCAGAGUAGACCGUGCUCCGCUUCCGUUGGGCAUAGGGCGCGCGUGUGGCCCAGCAUCAUGCAUUUGAAGCAUCUUAAUGGCCGGGCCUGCACCGCGUUGAUGGUGGCCAUGGUCCAACCGAUGGCCACCUUCCCUAUUUUGACGGCUGCCUUAGCAGCCGUCGCGGGGCACUUUACAAUUGUAGAGCCGCCACCCCAGAAGUUGGACCUGAUAAGGCCCACUUUGACCGCGUUGGGGGAGCAGCCCCCAACCGUCGCCACCUUGGCCGCCACUUCCUCACGGGUCACCGUCUCAUCCAGGCCGGUGACCCUGAGGUCUGCUAAAAUAACCGCUCGCUUUCAAACCGCGAGAACUGAGGUCCGUCAGUUGCUGCUGCAGUAUCUGCUGCCUUGGCUUGUGAAUAUCGAGCUCUUGGACCCUAAUGUACCUCCUGCGAAUCCACUCUCAUACAUACAGUACUACGCGUCGGAAGGAGGUCGCAGCGUACGACGAGAGGGUCUCGGUUCCGUGGAAGCCACUGAAAUGGUCCUCAAUAAUUUAUUUUACAUCACUGCAAAGUUCUCGGACAACCACCCGAAGGAGAUUGAAGAGCUAUGGUCGACGCUGUGCGCUUGCUGGCCAAAUAACCUAAAGGUUAUCAUCCGGUACCUCAUCAUAGUGUCAGGGAUGGCACCUAACGAACUCUUACCAUAUGCGAAGCGCGUAGUGUUGUACCUAGCGCGGUCUCGGCCGGAGAGACUUCUCGACGAGAUGAUGACGGAGCUGCAGACUGUGGAGACCCUCAACUGUCUCAUCGAACGCACUGAGACACCGCCCUUCUACAGACUCACUUCGAUGCGCAAGGCCACGUCCGGGCACAGCGACGGCCCUGGCACUGGAUCACAAGACUUAUUUUUUCCACUAGGAUGCGGCAGUCGAACUGGUGAAUUGGCUCCAAUAGAAAAAGGCACUAUUCACACAAAGAGGCACAGCGGUGAAGACCCGGCUAAAUCUUGUUCUCUAAUGACCGAUGUUCCUAUGUGGGGGCAGGACAAGCGGUCGUCUGGGCCGCCGUGCACGCCCCCCGUGGACGACGAGCCCCCAGCGCCCUCUGACGGCGACGCCACACCGACUGGAUUGGGUCCGGAGCUGCACGCUACUCCGACCGGCAGCGCUCCGGCGACACCGCAGGAGGCCAGGAUAGACGCCCCUCAGCCCAGGCCAUUGCCUAUGCCCGAGUAUGGCGGUUACUUCGCACUCCUUACCGAGUACUUACCUGACAGCAACCAACCUAUAUCAGGAUUCCACAGAUGCAACGUCGCGGUGAUGUUGCUAUGUGACGUGGUACUGGACGGCGUCGAGAUCGACUGGUCCAUACAUGUACCACUUAUGCUGCAUAUAGUAUUUCUUGGAAUGGACCAUACAAGAUGGAUAGUGCACCAGCACUGCCGGCAGCUGCUGCUGAACCUGCUGGUGGCGGUGGCGGCGCACCACGACCACCUGACGGUCGCGCGCACGCUGCUCGCCAGCCGCAGCGCCCAGCUCGGCCUCGCGGUCACCGCGCCCUCCGCGCCCUCCCUGCCGCUGCUGCAGCACAAUUUCACUGAGCCAGACGCGACAUUUGAUAAGACGACGCAAUGCGCUCACUCCCCGCGCGCUACCCCACGCUCCCGUAGCACUGAUCCCCAAGUCACACCUGAAGGUGAGGCGGACAAGUACCCGUCGUUGCCGGUGAUCAUAACCGGCGAGGCUGAGGCGGGUGAGACGGAGGGCGAGGGCGGGCUGGAGGCGGGGGACAAAGGGGAGGCGGAGUUGCCCGUCGCUGACGUCAUCAAGUCCCUGGUGCACUUCCUUGCCAACAGGCCCACGCACAUGCCCCUGUGGCAAUAUGAAGACAUCACAGCUAAAGUGUGGAGCUUGCACAGCUGCCAGCAGAUGGCGACGUUGUUGAGGCACACGCUGCGAGUAUUCCGCGAGUCUCUGCCUCACGCGCUGGUGUCUGAGAGGUGGGCGCAGACCGCGCUGCAGCUCGGCCUCUCCUGCCCCUCCAGACACUACGCAGGAAGGUCCCUGCAGGUGUUCCGUUUCAUCGGAGUGGCGAUGACGGGUCGCAUGGUGACGGACAUCCUGUCUCGUCUCGUGGAGACGGUGGCGGAGCAGGGCGAGGAUAUGCAGGGCUACGUCACAGAACUGCUUCUGACUCUGGAAGCUGCGGUCGACUCCCUCGAAUCCAAUUUCCGACCGCUCGACUAUAUGCGCGACAUCUUCAAGUCUACACCGAACCUGAACAAUAAAGAUGGCGGACAGCAACCCAACGGAACACCAUUUACCGCAGGCAAGCGGUCGCCGGGCGUAUGCGUCGGUUGUGCGAGCAAUCACACACGCAGUACGAGUUACUCAGUGUCCGCGCCAUAUUGUGUGCGCAAACCCAACGCCCCGCCCACCAACGCGGACAAACAGUCACACGGUCAUCGACCGUGCAGCGACUCAUCCAAAGGUUGUUCGAACUUGUGCCGCUCACGAUCCGCGCAAUCUCUCAAGUUACUUGGAGACAGUGCAACGCAGGACGACAAGCUGACGAUUCUGGCGACGUUGUUCUGGGUCGGUGCGUCUCUCCUGGAGUCUGACUACGAGCAUGAGUUCUUGCUGGGAGUGCGGCUGCUGGCUCGUGUCAUGGCCCGUCUGCCUCUCGACCGGCCCGAUGCCCAGGACCGCCUCGACCGCACACAAGCGCACGCCGCGCCCGCCCUCCACUCACUCCUCCUCAAGGGUUGUACUCAUCCCAACACAUACGAACCGGUUGUUGGUGUGUUAGCGGAUAUGAUCCCACUGUUGGAGCUCCCCGUGAUUGAUCCCACUCAGUCCAUGGCCUUCCCCAUGACUGUGGUGGCAUUGUUGCCAUACAUGUUGUUACACUAUGAGGACGCGACAGAGCUAUGCGUCAGAGCGGCAUGUCAUAUCGCACAGUUCACAGCUGAGAAGAGUAAGAAGCUGGAGAACCUGGGCACGGUGAUGACGCUGUACUCCCGCCGCACCUUCAGCAAGGAGAGCUUCCAAUGGACCAAGUGCGUCGUCAAAUAUCUCUGGGACACCUACUCGCAUCUCUCGCUACAGAUGCUCGCUUUCCUCGUUGAAGUGCUGGAAAAGGGUGCAGCGAGCCUGCAGCCUGCAGUGCAAUCAGUCAACGCUGAUCUCCUUCGUGCAGUAUCCAAGUUCAUUGGUCAAGAUAAUAAUAAUUACAAGGAGGCGAUGAAAAUUCUCAAGCUGGUGGUAACUCGGUGCUCAACUCUGGUCGUGCCCCCGCACUGGGACAGCCACGCCUCCUCCAUACUCGAUACUGAUCUGCAAAAAGCUAUGACGUCACAGUGUACAGACUUAAUUGAAACUCAUGAUAUUGUGUUACAGGAGUUACCGGGCCGUACUAUGGACUUCACUUUCGACCUGUCUCAGACGCCGGUCAUCGGCCGCAAGUACCUGCCGAAGAGCGGCAGUCAGCCACCGACAGGACCUAGUUCCUUGUCCAAUGCAUCCUCAACAACUCCCGAUAAAGGUUCGUCGACAUCGGGGUCCGCGUCAACAGUGGUAGGUCCGGAGAGCGGCGGGAGAUGCGCCGGCGCAGGCGGCAGUGUGGCGGGGGCGGGGGCGGGGCCGCACAGUGCAGCCUCCCCUCGCCGCUCCCUCUCGCUCUCACCCGCUGACGCCCUCGCCUCGGGGUGGAAACGCCCCUGGAUGUCGCAAAGCCGCGUGCGGGAAUGUCUUGUUAACCUCUUGACCACAUGUGGGCAAAGAGUGGGCCUGCCCAAAAGUCCAUCUGAUGAUUUAAUAACCACUUCAUGUUCUAAGGUGAUAUUCAGCCAAAGCUCGGAGCUGUUGGAGCGAGAGUCGUCGAUGACGUCAUCGUUGGAGGAGGUCUCCGGCACGCCCGGCAACGAGCCCUCCGGCGGCGCUCCGCCCACUGACCACUUCGGUGUCUUUAAGGACUUUGAUUUUCUUGAAUAUGAAAGCGAAAGCAUAGAGGGCGAGAGUUCUGAUAACUUCAAUUGGGGCGUUCGCCGGCGACUGCCGAGUGAGGAGCGGCCGGCGGCGGGCUCAGGGGCGGGGACGAGCGCUCUAGACCGCAGCCCCCCACCACAGCGUGCGAGGCAUCACCACCAUAGGCUGUUAGGGCACGAGGACUCGUCCGACGAGGAGGGCGUGUGGGAGGAAGGCGGGGCGCGCGGGGAUGCGGACGCGAGUGGGGCUGGGGCCGGGGCCGGGGCCGGGGGCGGAGCGCACGAGCUCAUGCUGCGUACACGCGCACACUCCUUCUCCAGCGCCUCCAGUGGUGAGCCCGAUGGAGAGCGCGGCGAUGUGACCCCAGUGCCGAGCGGUGGGGGCGGUGGGGGCGGUGUUAGCGGAGGUGUGGCUACAAGCGCUGCGCUGCGCGACGCUUGGCGCUGCUCGGUGGCCGCUCUGCUGCGUCACGCUGCACAUCUGCCGCCGGUAGCUCUCGUGCACCGGCUGCACACCGUGCUCAAAGAGGUGACAUGCAAGACUGUGUCGGUGUGCGGGGAGAGCGCGCUGGGGGGCGCGGGGGCGGGCGAGCUGGCGGCGGUGGUGGCGCGGCUAGCGGGGGAGGAGCCACCGCUGCUGUGGGCGGGGCCUGCAGCCGCGGAUUGUGCGCGCGUGCGCGAUGCCGUGCGUUUUGCAGCUUUAGAGAUCAAUGAACAUCUCGAGACAUACUUCGAUCGACGCGAACACGCGCUAGAGAUGCUGGAGCUGUCCCGCAGCGGCGAGGAGACAGCGCGCAGCCUUUACAAGCUCAUCUUCCAGUUGUUACUUCUGCUCGAGACCAACAACAGGAUGGUUGUCGCCGUCUAUCACGCGGCACUCGAUAAUAGGGGUGUGGAGAUGAGUGCUGCUGUGUGUGCAGUGCGCAAUGCCCUCGCCGCCAGUGCUGCAGACUCGUGGGGUGAGAUAGGCGAGGUGUGUGAGGGGGCGGAGCGGGGAGAGGGUGGCGAAGUGUCCACCUCCUCCUCGCCUGCCCCCACCCACCACGACGACGCCAAGCUCUCUCAUCUGAUGCAGCGACAGAGAUGGGCGGCCGCGUUGGCGCUGGUUCGCGAGCGUAAUGCCGAGCGUAUCUUGGAGCGCGGGGAACUCCCUGAGGAUGACGUCACCAGCUUACUGCACGUCUACUGCAAGGGUCUCGCACAAACACAUCCAGAAAUGGUAGCCAUCACUCGUCCGGUGAACGAGUUGUCGCAGAACUCGUCCUUCAUGAUGGAGAGUCUGUACAAGGUGUCUGUGGCACUGCAGCGUCAGGACUACUGA